AAUGAAUCAUAAUUUAGUAUGGACUCAUGAUUGUAGAGCUCAGAUUCAAAAACUCUACUUCACAAGUGUUCAUGUCCGAUUUUCGUUUUACAGAUUUGGAGUAAAAUAGAAUCACUUUCAACAAGUGCGUGAAAUAACAUUGCCAUACGUUUCUGAACAUUUUACUUCCUGCUUCUAAUAUGUACAUUCUAUAUUCUUCACACACUUUAUCAAGAUAUACGUAAUGAAACCGAGUGAAUUUCACAUACUGAUAUAGAAAAGACAACUUGUCAAACAUGCACAUGAAUAACGUUGUGCGUGGCUCAAGAGCACGGAAAUUGAUGAUCGUAUUUUUUUGUUUUGUGCUUGGAGUAGCUUCUGACGGUAAGUUUUUGAAUGUCUAGUAAGUAAUAUAAAACUGUGUAACUUUACUUUUUUUAAAAUUUUUGUUUGAAAACUUAAAUAACGGACUUCUAGCUACGUUAUAAAGAAUGCAAAAAUAUAAUAAUAACUAAAGAGACUAUGGCUCAACAUAAAAACGUAUGAUGAAGAAAUAAAUAUGAUAAGCUGCAAAAAUAAAAUUGUUUCAAUAAUUAGUUUAUUACACGAACGCAUGACAAAAUUAUGAUCAAAAUUAACGUAGAUGUAAGUUUAUAAACACGAUGUUAUCCUUAAAUUAGGAGAGAAAAUGAAUAAUCUUGAUACAUCAAGUAUAAGGUAAUUCUUUUUUUUUUCCUUCCAACUAUGUUUGUUUAUCUUCAAAUAUUUGAGGUCUACAAAAAGAGGUGUUCAGAUCAAAACGUUAUGUUGGUUUUUUGCUGUUGUUGUUUUUAUUGUUUUAUUUUUAAAUGUUAAUUUAUGUUCGUAAGAACCCUUUAAUUUGACAAUUUGAAUUAAUAACGAAUUUUAUCUUUUAAUCUUUUUGUUUCAAGAAAUAUAAAACUACGCAUAUACAACAUCUAAAAUUGCAUAGCCUUAUCGUCUAUAGAGGUACUAGUAGCAAGGACGUCAUUUAAGUUGGGCAGGGUUGGGUACUCGCCCCACCCCCCCCCCACCUCCCUGCGAUUAGUAGGUUUUAUUGAAAUUGCUAUGUACAUUUGCGCCUAAGGUAAUAAACAACUUGACAAAUCAACCUAGUUUUGGUUUAAAGCCCCCCCCCCUUUUUUUCCCUUUUUUAAAACCUGACAUGAAGCUCCUACAACAAGAUCACAUUACGAAAUAGUCCAAGUUUAAACCAAAAGGUAAUUAAUUUGUUUCCGCUGCUAUACCUACAGAAUUAACCUACUUUAUCACCUGUAUUAACAGAUGUCAUCACGACGUGCAGAAAUGAACCCAAUGAAAAAUCAGCUUACGUCGCCCUGGACCAACCGGCAGAGUUGACCUUCUGCGUCAAGUCUGGGUCUCCACUUAGGGACCUGAUAUUCUACAACGGUAUCCCCAUGCACAUUGGACACAGCGAUACGGCGAGGAGCUAUUUUACCCAGAGACAUAACGAGAUGCUGCAAGAAAACAUGCUGACUUUUCACAUCAGACGGACGUCGCUGGUAGAUUAUACGAGAAACAGCAUCAUCCUCCAUAACUUAAAUGAUGGUCAGAUUAUGCUUUAUGCUUUCGUGAAGAAUCUUGGUACGUCAUUUACUUCAUAUUAGUAAUAUUGUUAAAAGAAAACAUUAUAAUGAAAUAAUUUUUUUUGUACCAUUUAGUGCGUCGAAAAAAUGUGUAAUAAAAGUACUAUUUACAACGGAUAUUUAUAGAUUUUAGCUAGAAAAUUAUUUAAUUUUUAAAUAGAAGCUGCACUGUGCCGUUACAUAAAGCCGUCUAAGUGACUGUGACUUGCAUCCGAGAACCACGCCUUCCUAUAAAAAAAUGUAUCUUUAGACACCAUGUACGAAAAAUCACCACAUUACAUCAUCCUGGCCCGCUUAUUUGGCUUUGUCAAGCUUUUUUCUACCUGCAUCCAUUACAUAAAUACAAUUCCAUAACUGUGAAAAUUUUAAACAAUUGAAAAAAACAACCUUUUUACAUGGUGUCGUCCGAAUAAAUAUCUCUGAGAACUCUUGUUGCAAUUUUUGUUUUCAAAAUUUAGCCCUCUCCAGUUUCGUGUGUGCGAAAAUCGUGCUUAACCAUACAAAACUUUUCCUCCAAAGAGAAACAUAUUUCCAAGAUAUGUCCAGCAAAACUUCCUCGACAGCUGAGAAACUUGUGGCGACUGGAGUUAUGCAAGGAUGGAAAACGAACUUACGCGAUAAAGAGUGGGCAGAUUCGGCACUGUUACUUUUGAUGACAUUAUGUUUACAAACUUAAAAGUAAAGACAUUUUGUAUAUCUUUUAUUCAGGUUUAAAUUUCCACAAACAGUUCUCUGUCGGUGAAGUGACACUGACCUGUGAGUCUACCAAUACGAGCAUUGAUCAAGUCUCAAUUCAUAAUCAAUGGGACCAGACCCCACUACAGUCGACCGUAGUGGGCAAGACUUUGUUUUCCAAAUUUAAUGUAAAUUGUCACAAUGUUGGCCGAUACUACUGCAGAUCAAGGGACACGAAGGAUGAAGAGCAGUUUCUCGAUGUCCACAAAUCUCUAUGUAGGUAGCGAUAUUUACAAAACUCUAGAACCAAUCUCUAUGUAGGUAUCGAUGUUUACAUGUCUUUAUGUAGGUGUAUGAUGUGUAUAACUCUCUAUGUAGCUAUCGAUUUGAACAAAUAUCUAUGAAGGUAUCGAUGUGUACAAAUCUAUCUGUAGGUAUCGAUAGGUACAAAAAUCUAUGUAGGUAUCGAGAUUAUAAAAGUUUGAAAACAUAUCUAUUUCGCAAAAUCCUGUUGGGGUGAUAUUUUCUAACAUCUUUUCCAGCUAGCUAAUAUCUCCUAGAUGUAAAGUGGCCUCUGUUGUGUAUGAAUGCAGGGUAUGAAAGACUUAGAAUUUAUAUUCUCGUAUGCAGUUCUUGUAAUGUUGCCUUUUGUAUUUAAAUGUUGUAAAAUAUAGAUUUGUUUCAAUUUUCUUUUUAUAUGGAUGACUUUGUACUGCGCUCCGAGCUUGUGGGGUGAAGCUUAAUUUUUAAAUACACUUUAACAUUAUUAUUAUUAUUAUGAUGUACUGAUGUGUAAAAAAAUCUAUGUAUUAAUUACAUGCUUUAGUGAGUAUGUAUUUAUUAAAUCAUUCAUAAUGCUUUAAGGAAAUGUUAAAUCAAAAGUGUUAUUGGAAAUGGUACAUCAUUAAAUAAAUUAACAUUUUAAAUUGCUAUUUGAGGCAUUGGUAUAUGCUUUUUUAAAAAAUAACAUAAAAUUAUUUAGAGAAAUAUGUAAUGACGACUUAUUUAUAUUUCACACCGAUAUCUAUCUCAGGUCCACCCAAAUUGUGCAAUCCAAAUCAAAGCAUCAAUGACAUCUUAUCGACUUUAGGACAGUCUGUAACAUUCAAAAUCUGUGUGAUUGCUUACCCCAAACUGUCCAAUCAAAUAGUUAUCAAUGGCUGGAAGUAUACAGCUAAUGGCGUCAUGCAAGAUAGAUUUAUGGUUAAUCACAAGCAAACCGAUAUGUACAAUUACAUCAAUGUUACCAUUAACCCGGUACAAGAAACUGAUGUUCUAAAGGAAAAUCAGAUCAAGUUUUACACAUCGGACAAUGCUGAAAUGAUGCUCAGGUUUUUUCUAAGCUUAAAAGAAGGUAAGAAUUGAUUUGUUUCUAGCAGUCUUCAAACGUAAUUUACAUUUAAAAUUAUAUAUUUUAAACAUCAAAGUUGUAAAGAAAUAUUCAAAGAGCUAAAUCCUUUUUUUUCCCAAAGGACGAGUAUCAUAAAGAUGCCCAAGUAUAGGCAGCCUAUAUUUUCCUUUUAAAACUUUAUAUUUCUGUUUAUUUGUUUCUUUCUUGUAUUUUAUAAAUUUCUAUUUCUUUUAUGUAUUAGUUUAUUUAAAUAAAUAAGGUUUUAAUUUUUCAAACAGGUCCACCAGAGUUCUGCAGAUCAACCGCCUUAAUAAAUUCAAUAUCUGCGCCACUAGGUCAACGUGCCCAAAUACCGUUCUGCAUUGUCCAGCCCGUGUCCUUCCGUACCAGGAGUCUCAACGUUUCUGUAAAUAGCAUAGUCUUUCUUCACAGCGGCUGUUCGGGAGGAUUUUGCGUAGACUUUUCGAAUUCUUCCAGAAUAGGGCAUAACGUUACGCUGAGUGUCAUGAACAUGUCCUUGCAGCAUUACGGAGUGCUGAGUGUCAAGUUCAGUUGGGCCAUGUCAACGAACGAACUGACCACUCAAGUCAUGGUUAAACCGAUAGGUUAGUGGUUUCAAUAGGCACACUUUUAGGUUGCUUUUUUUGUGGUUUUUUUUUGUGUUGUUGUUGUUAUUGUUGUUGUUUUGUUCUUGUUUGUGUUCAACUAUGUGUAAUUAAUGUGUGGCUUGUGUUUACUUGCAUUCCAAUUUUUCAUAAAAAUUUGUGAACUUUAAGAGUAGUUGUUACACAAUUGUAGACCAAUAUCAACGGGGGAUGAAAAAUAAAAAUAAAACAGCCUGCUUAUUGUAUACACGCUAGUUGUUAAAUGAGUAAAAUUCAACAUAACUUCAGUAUGCUAUCUGUUUAUGAUUAUUUAAAAUGACCUGAAAUAUUUAUGAGGAAAUGCUUAGAUAAAUAAAUUUAUCGUAUUAAAUGUUUUUUCUUGUUAUUAUUAAAUUGUUUUUUAGUAGCACAAUUUUUAAAAAUGGCUUCGAAAUUCCACAUGGAUAAUAUCAAAUAAAUUUCAAAUUGUAUCAUAUUCUUUUGAAAACUUUUGUUACAAACAUAGAAAUGUUGUGAGGAUAAUGUAAGAAUGUGUGUCAUCAAUAUUGUACUUUGAAAAGAUGACAAAAAAACACAAUAUUAAAUUGGAACAAAGAAUAAUUGUUUUUAACAAAUAAGAUCAUUUGAAUGUAUUCACCAUGAAAUAUCCUAGCUAUGAAAAACAGGUCAACUGGAAUUAAAGAUAGUUCAUAUAUUUAUUAAACGCAGGCCCUCCCCAAUGUCCCAGUGACAUCCAGGUCAUCAACCACAGAGACCACCUAGUGAGCAUUCGAUGGCGACCAGGAUACGAUGCUGGGGGAGACCAGACCUUCAACGUAACACUAGAAACUGCUGACAUUGCGCCUAGAGUUAUAGACCAGGGUGAAUAUACAGCUGAUCAGAAUGGCACGCUGGGGUUCAGCUUGAACGAUCUCGAGGAUGACACAUCAUACAAAGUAAACAUCAUCCCAGUGAACAAAUUUGGGAUCAACGACGGCUGCAAAUCGACAGGAGUUUUCAAAACAGGUUUGUUACAGCGCCAUUUGGUUCAGCAUCACACAAUAUAAUAAAAUACUUUUUUUUUGAAGCAAAAUGUAAUUGUGCAAUGGUUUAGGUUAGAGAAACUGAGAUUUGAGCAAAUUGAUAAUCAAUAUAAAAUCACACGUGCUAAUAAAGAUUUAAAAUAAAAUAAUAACCACGGAUUCAAGCGAACAAUAUUUUAAAUGAGAGCUGCAUCUUUACACUGAUUUUCUUUUUAAACAGAAAAAAUAACGGGGUCCAAUAACGUUGAGAUUUGUACUAUUUUGAUGCAUGGAUACAAAUUUUUUAUCUCAGUUUGCAUAUUUGUUAAUGUGUGGAAGACAAGAAUAUAUGAAAUUUAUCAAAAGUUUUUUGUUUUUUUUUUAAAAUAAAAUCUGUUAGUUUCUUAAAUAAGAAACUAAGAGUAGAUUACAUAUUUUGUGUAAUACGCGUUAAAGAUAUUAAUUUAGUUUUUGUUUCAAAUAUAAAUUAGGUAUGCAAUAAUAUAGCAUUAAAAAAAAAAGCAUGGUUCUCUUUUUAUUCUAAUAAAAUUUUGGUAUCUUAUUAUAUAACAGUAAGAAAUGCACUUUUCGUUUUGAUAGUAUAUUUGUAUAACUACGUUAUCAUUUAUUUUUAUUAUUACAAAACAUGUAUUAAAGAAAAAUGUGUAUUUGUAUUUUUUAAAAAAAUAUGAUAGCUAUAAUAGAUACUAAUUGUUUCUCAACUCCUAAAGAUUUCACAAAGUCCUUGAACUUCACCUUGAAAUGGGCGGACGAUAAGAGGUCAAUCAGUUUUACAUGCAGCACCCCAAGCUUUUCGAGAUUGAUACAUAUUUACAAACAUCGAUUAGUUGACCCUUUGAAAUCGUUUAGACCGAAUAAUAUCCGAACCAACACCCCGAUGGUCGUCACAUACGUCAUUCCUAACAUCACGUGUCAGUCCAUAGGGGAGUACCAAUGUGUAUUCAUCAGUGACAGUGGAGAGAGGGUGACAAAGACACUGGAAGUAAAAGUUGACAAAUGUAAGAAAAAUAAUCCAUCGCCCCUUUAUGCCAUAAUUAAGAAUGGCGCAAAUACAAAGAAAUGAUUGAAAAAUUGUCAAGAUUAUUUAAAAUGUAAGGCUAACACACAAUUAUAUGCAUAUAUAUUUAUCAAUACUGUAAACAAUUUAAUAAUGUGGCUAAAAAAACAUUCAAAACAAACAAAACACUGUCAUUUGUACAUUUUUUUGCUCAGCCUUGAAUUUUAUCCACAGGUCCACCAAUGCCAUGUGAGAACCAAUUUAUUACACCAGGUAUCGUCGUGAGGGAGGGCUACACACCGAAGGUUCCACUCUGCUUAAUGGCCUACCCUGGCCUAGACAGGAGCGUCGUGGUGAACAGAAAUGUCUUACUCCACCUGCCGACCCUCAACAACACAGUCGACAUCGAGAUGCUAUUGAACCAGACGGGGCUGUACCACUACGUCAACAUCUCUUUCCGUGGUCCCACCGUCAGCAGGAACACACGCUUCGAGUUCAAAUUUACUGCAACGAACCAUGAAGAAGCCAUAUACGAAUUCGAAUUGAUUGCACCAAGUAAAAUAGGUAAAAUGAACAGCAAUUCUAAUGAACGUUUAUUGAUAAACCGCGUGCUUUUUAUUUCUAUCAAUUUCUUCGCUGAUUUCAGUGAAAAUCUACCUAUGCAUAAUAUAUUUUGGAAUUGAACUAAAACAAUUUUUUUUUUUUUUUUUAAGUAUUCAUAUAGAAAAAUUCGGAACGAAAAUUUAAAAAUAUAUAUCUAAAAUCAAAGUACAUCUUGUAAAUCUUUAUAUGCAUUUGUUUUAUGAACUAAAACAAUUUUUUUUUUUUUUUUUUAAGUAUUCAUAUAGAAAGAUUCGGAACGAAAAUUUAAAAAUAUAUAUCUAAAAUCAAAGUACAUCUUGUAAAUCUUUAUAUGCAUUUGUGUUCGUAUUCAUGUAAUUAUACGUUGUUAAACAUUUAUUAGGAAGCCGUUAUGUAAAAUUGGUAAACUAACAAAAAGCAAAUUUUAUAUUUCCUUCUUUUUACCCUUCAAAAUAUAAAAAGUUUUGGACUGCAAUAAAGCUUUAAAAUAGAUUAAUAAGACACGAACAAAUUGUGUCAACAUAACAAUAUAAGUUACGCUUUAAUAAUAAUUAGACAUUAUAAACAAGUAAGCUUUCGGCACAUGCCUUUAUCAGUACCGCGGUAAAUUAUACAUAGGAGAGACAGGUCGUCGCCUUGGGGACCGGUUCAGAGAACACCUCUAUAACAUGAAAAACAAGCUCUAUAUCCGGUCUCCAAACAUUUCAAUAGCCCUAACCAUUAUGCUAUAUCAGACAUCGCAGUAACUAGUGUACUCUAUACUAGUAACACUACAGAUAUAAUCUAUAUGGAGAAAAAAUUAAUAACAAUAACAAUUUUACCCAGCUGCUAUGUCUUUUUCCUUUUUGGUUUGUACACUUAUGUUCCAAUCCCUUCCUUUCUACUCCCCUUUACUUUGUUUGUGUCUGGUUUUAGCGCCCUCUCCUAGUUUUUUUUUUCUUUUUUAGGUAGGAUAUUUAUAUUUAUAUUAUGUAAAUUUAAUUUAUACUUAUUUAAAUGUGUUGUUUUUUUUGUUUGUACUGAUGAAGGCAUGUGCCAAAAAGUUUGCCUUAAACACUAUGCUAAUCAAGUUUUAAAAAUCAUGUCAUUCUUCAUUAGUAUAGCGUUGUAAUAGUCAUGGUUAUAGCAGGCAUUUUUAAAUUAUUUAACUAUUUAUUGAACAUUUAUGUUAAAUUAAUAUUUGUAGUUGUUGAAUUAAUUGUAAAUUGGGGGGAGGGGUGAGAUUUUCUCACACAUACUUACAUAAAGCAGUGUCAUGUUUCUAAAAAAAUGCGUAUAUUUCUUGUGUUGCGAAGUCAUACAUUUUGCAUGUUAUGGGUAUAUACUAUUUACUUACAGGGUCCUCACACAACAACGAGGCGACUGGCAGCCUAGGACAAAAAACCACACUGUUGGCAGUGUUCCUUGUUGUAUCACUGUUGUGCACAGUCUUAUUCCUUUUGGCGUAUCACUUUAGAGGUACUUUCAUACCUACAGCUCGUAUGUUAAUAUCAAGGGCAUACGAUUCUAAAUAAGCUAUGAAUAUUCAAUCAAUCAAUAUAUAUAUAUAUACACAUAUAUAUAUUAAAUAGCAAUUUAGUUUAACUAAAAACGAUUAGCUUGACAUUUUCUUAUUCUUUUAAUUUCCUUUUCAAUUUAAAUAUUUACAGUACGUAACCGUCAGCGCUGUGUUUCAUGCAGGAGUCUAGGUAAAUAUUUUAACAUACAUUUUUACGCAUCAUCUUACAUCGCUCAUAACCAUUGUUUUAAAGAGUUCAAUUAGCGUUUAGAAAUUUUUUUUUUUUUUUUUUUUUCAAAUCUCUUCAACGUCAUUAACCAAAGAUGGCCAUCGGUAAGUCCUUUAAUGGUUUUCUUUUUGUUCUGCCAAACAGCCUUUUUUGUUAACAAUUAUUCAGUUAAUUAAAUUUUUUUUUAAUAUUUUAUUUUUCGUUUUUAAUUUUUUUUUUUUUUUUUUUUUCAAAUCUCUUCAACGUCAUUAACCAAAGAUGGCCAUCGGUAAGUCCUUUAAUGGUGUUACUUUUGUUCUGCCAAACAGGCUUUUUUGUUAACAAGUUAUCAGUUAAUUAAAAUGAUGUUUCUCAUUUCCCAUUUCACAGCUGAUUCCACGUACUUACUAGGAGCGUCUUCUCGGAGCAUUUCGUCACGCUCUACGACACACGGCACAUGGAAUCCGCAAUACGAUGACACCGUCUCCUGCGUCAUGAGUAACGGAAAAUGGAUUCCGCUCACUGAGGUGAUGAGUCAUGGGAGUCUGUCUCGAAAGAGCUUGAAGGAGCGUCAUCUCAAGAGAUGUCAAGAAUUUGACCUUAAUACAUCAGCUGACUCGGAGGCCUUACUCAUGUGCUCCACUUGCGGCUCUUCAGUUUUUAAUAAGAGUAUGGACGACCAAGAGGCGUAACGCUGAGUACACAUGUAAGACAUUUCGAAUGGAAAGAAAAAAUAUAUAAAUAGUGUAUUUACGUAUUUUAUAGCUUAUUUACAAUAAAAUCAAGUUGAUGUCAAGAUCCAAGUACAUAAAAAAAUAAUAAAAUGUAAUAUUUAUUGUUUUCAAUUUAACUACAAAUACAUCAAUGAUGUCUUAUUUACUUACUUACUUACUCAUGCCUUUUACCUCGUCACGGGAAUUAACUAUAAAAUAAUUGUCAAUUUACCUCGGUCCUCUGCAAAUGAUGUCUAGAUAUUAGAAAUUGCAGAAGCUAAUUUUUGUGUGAAUUAUAACAAUGUCUUUGGUCGUUCUAUAAAAUCUCUGUCAUGGAAAUUGUUUUAAAAAUGAAGGAAAAAAAAAGGUAUUUUUAAAUAGUUGUUAAAAAUUAAAAAGAAAAAAAAAUCAUAAUUUUGCAGCAAGACAAAUUAAUUCAUAUUGGUAUACGGUCAAUUGUCGUGUAAAAACAAAUAGAAGAAUAUUUCAUUUCAAGAUGUGAGCUACGGGGGUUUUUUGUUUGUUUUUUCAAUUUACCUGCUCAUGGAGGUAUUUCCUUUUGAUUCAUAUUUCCUAUGAGUAAACAAUUCAACAAGUUUAAUGCAAUUGAUAUUACGAAGCCCAGGUAGUACUGUACAAUUUAAAAGUACCUGGUAAUAUUAAGUUGUUAAUUGUAACCAUGUAGUAGGAUGUCGGACUAAAUCAUAUGAUUGGUAAAAAAAAAUUGAAUAUAAGUGCGCAACAACUAAGUUUAUAAUUUUUAAGUAUCUCAAGGUUAUAUAAAUGAAUUUAAGAACCCUAUAAAAAUCCAACAUUAUAGUUUUAAUAAUUGAAAUUUAAAAAUGCAUUAAAUACUAUAAUUUACUUAACUUUAACUUGUUUUCAUACUGUGUCUGCAAUGUACUUCUUUUUUUUUUUAAUGUCACAUGCAACAGAAAAAACAACAAUAUGUUCGACAUAAUAUUAUCAUUCUUUUUGUAAAGAAAUAAAAUACUUAUUGAA